AAAGAUAAAUGUGUAUGUAUCGUCUGCUCUUGCACUGUGUUGCACCAGUAAUAUUAUCAGUUUUAAGUUAAUACGUCCAUAUUAUGUAAAUGUUUGUACUCAACUCUUACUUUAUUUUUAUUCCGUUAUUACAAAUUUUGAACACGUGACGUUUGUAUUGACCGGAGUAACCUGUUUUAUUUACAAGUAAUAUCCUAAUGUUUGUUAUUUGAUAAAAAUUAAUAGCUACAUUUCGCGCACCGUGCCAAUGCCGUAUAAAGUACAUCACCUACUUUUAAUUGCCAGUAGUUACUAGUUUUUCAUCAAAAUAUAUUACAAUGUCAUCUCAAACAUCUAAAUCUGAUUCUUCCAAACAAGAAACAGUUGAUUUAGGAAUUUAUUAUUUGGACUUAGUAGAAUGUCCAUUGAAUACCGAUCAUAAGCUCCGACGCCAUAGAUUGCCGUACCAUCUGUUAAAAUGCAGAAAGAAUUAUCCAGAUAAAAUACAAUGUCCUUACGGUCACUAUUUUUAUGUAAAUAAGCAUGAAAUGGCAAGUCAUUUGCAAACAUGUCCAAACAAACCAAGGGUUGCUCAAGCCGAAGAAAUGCAACCACAUAUGAUAGAAGCUCAACAUGCCAGAAAUAAAAAUAUUAUCAGAAAUUAUGAUGUGGAUAACUAUAAAAUUGAUGAGCCCUAUUGGGAUUAAAUAUAAUUUUUAUAUUAAAUCUAAA